GCCGCCGCCGCCGCCGCCGCCGCCACGAGGAAGAGCUGCUCGGGGCCUGGCCUCCCGCUCUUUGCGUCAGGAGGGGCGCCCUUGCGUGCCGGGGAAGGCGACCUUCGUGAAGGCGAGGAGGGCUUCUCUGCAGCCGGGCAGGCGUUGGAGUCCACCCCUUCACUCCCUCUUCUUCCUUCAGGCGCAGCUCCGAGCAGCGGAUCCUCGAAGGACGGGAAAAAAAAAACCCUCCCGGGAUCGAGAGCUGCAGCUUUCCCUGGUCCGGAGUGCAGCUGGGUGAGUUCGUCGCUUCUGGUGGGUCCUUCCUCGGAAGUAAGUCAGCCCCCUGGGUUUCUGUGCUCUGUGGAAUUUACUACAAGUCGUUUUGGGGAGGCUCUGAUCUGGGCGUCACCGAUGUUUGAUCUUAAUCAGUAAGAUGCCUUUGUGGACUCGACAGGUUUCCAGAUGCUGCUCUUUAUUAAAUGCAUACAAUAUUACAAAGAGUGCAGAGCUGAGAAAGCAAUCAGUAAAAAUGUGGACAUGUUUUCUUGAAUCAUCAAAGUUGCAGCGCCUUUGCCCUUAUGGAUAUUACCGCCACAUGCUGUUAAAGAAUUUCAGAACUUUGCAUCUGGAGAAUCACAGACACUUCUGCAGCUCAAGUACUGAACCCCAUCAGACUGCACUUUCUCUCAUUGACAAGCCAAAACCUGAGAUAGUACCUGCUUUAGAUACCGAAGAAUUCCUUCGGGAUUUGGACGAUGACUUGCCUAUAUCUCCCUUGGAGAAAAUUUCAGAAGACGAGUCUCUUCAAAUCAAAGCUGCACCACCACCUCCGUUAGAAUCUUUCUCACUUAGAGAUUACGUUGACCAUUCGGAAACAUUGCGCAAAUUGGUGCUUCUAGGAGUCAACUUGUCCAUGGUGGAAAAACUUCCAAAUGCAGGCCAGCUUCUUGUAAAACUCGAUUUUGAAACUGACAUUAAAAAAAUCCUUCUAUUUCUUAAUGAUAUUGGUUUGGAAGAUACACAAUUUGGGCCAUUUCUCACUAAAAAUCCUUAUAUUCUCAACGAAGAAGUGGAAGAUCUAAACACAAGGGUCGACUAUCUAAUAUCAAAAAAAUUUCCCAAAGAAGCAGUUACACAAAUGGUUUUAAGGGAUCCAUGUUUACUCCUCCUUUCUGUGGAAAAUCUGGAUGAUAGAUUGGGUUUCUUCCAAAAUGUACUUGGACUAAAUCCAAGAAAGACUAGAAAUUUGGUAACCCGUCUUCCAAGAUUGCUAACUGGCAAUCUUGAACCAAUCGAAGAAAAUCUUGCAGUGUAUGAGGAAGAACUUGGAUUUAGUAAGAAUGAAAUCCGCCAUAUUGCACACAUAGUUCCUAAAAACCUAAGUAUGGGCAAAAAGAAGUUAACACAGAUUUUUGAUUAUGUGCAUAAUGUAAUGGGCAUUCCCCACAAACUUAUGGUACAUUUUCCUCAGAUUUUUAAUACAAAGUUAUUACGAAUCAAAGAAAGACAUCUAUUUCUUACGUUCCUGGGAAGGGCCCAAUAUGAUCCGGAGCAACCAAGCUACAUCUCCUUGGAAAAAUUGAUAGCCUUGCCAGAUGAUGUGUUUUGCACUGAAGUUGCUAAAGUAGAAGUAACAGACUUUGAAAAGUUUUUGAAAACGCUGUAAAGAAGAACUGUUUAAAAAAUAUAAACACAUCUGGUAGUAUGUCUUCUAUCUGCAAAUUUUGACAAAACUUUGUCAAUAAAUAAAAUGACUUCUAAAUAUGCAAACAAAUUUAGAAAUAAGGUAUGAUUUUUAUGUAUCCAAGUGUGCUGAUAAAUGUUAAAUAAGAAAACCAAACAUCAUAAACCAAAAAUAAGGAUGAUUAAGCCGAGGUGGCGCAGUGGUUAGGGUGCAGUGCGGCAGACCACUUCAGCUGACUGUUAUCUGCAGUUCAG